AUGGAGGGGACACCCCCAGGGACAGCCCCAGGGGGCGCCUGCGGCACCGGGAACGGCACCGGAGGGGACAGAGCUGGGGACACCAGGGGGGACACUGGGGGUGACAGCGGGGAGGUCUCGGCCGCCUUCGUCACCUGCCCCAACCUCAGCGUGGCCACCGAGCUGGCCAGGUCCCUGGUCCAGCAGCGUUUGGCCGCCUGCGUCAACAUCAUCCCUGGAGUGACCUCGGUGUACACGUGGCAGGGCAAGCUGGAGGAGGACAGCGAGGUCCUGCUGAUGAUCAAGACCCGCAGCUCCCGGGUGCCGGCGCUGAGCGACUUCGUGCGGAGCCACCACCCGUACGAGGUGCCCGAGGUGGUGGCGCUGCCGGUGGCGCAGGGGAACCCCCCGUACCUGCGCUGGGUGCGCGACAGCGUCCCCCCAUGAGGGGCCUGAAAACAGCCCGAAAACUGCCCAAAACCUGCCCAAAAACUGCCCAAAAACUGCCCAAAUCCCCCCAUGAGGCGCCCAGAAACAGCCCGAAACCAGCCCAAAACCACCCCAAAAACAGCCCCAAAACAGCCCAAAACCACCCCAAAACAGCCCCAAAACUGCCCAAAAUCCCCCCCAUGAGGCGCCCAGAAACAGCCCAAAAA